GACUGCCCGACCUGGCCGCAACAAGUUAGGCUGAAUCGCCCUUAUAUAGCCCGGCGACGGAACACGCGUGUGUGCGGACGCAGUUGCGUGAGGGGUUUUUUGCGUUUUGCGGUGCUGUGGAGCAGAGCUUGUUCCUCUCCCGCUCAGCCGUGCAGGUUGAAUUGACCAAAGCAAUGGUUAUGGAGAAGCCUAGUCCCCUGCUGGUCGGGCGGGAAUUUGUGAGACAGUAUUACACACUGUUGAACCAGGCCCCAGACAUGCUACACAGAUUUUAUGGAAAGAACUCUUCUUAUGUCCAUGGGGGAUUGGAUUCGAAUGGAAAGCCAGCAGAUGCGGUCUAUGGACAGAAAGAAAUCCAUAGGAAAGUGAUGUCACAAAAUUUCACCAAUUGCCACACUAAGAUCCGUCAUGUCGAUGCUCAUGCCACCCUGAAUGAUGGUGUGGUGGUCCAGGUGAUGGGCUUGCUCUCUAAUAACAACCAGGCUUUGAGGAGAUUCAUGCAGACCUUUGUCCUUGCUCCUGAGGGCUCUGUUGCAAAUAAGUUCUAUGUUCAUAAUGAUAUCUUCAGAUACCAAGAUGAGGUCUUUGGUGGCUUUGUCACUGAGCCUCAGGAAGAAUCUGAAGAAGAAGUAGAGGAACCUGAAGAAAGACAGCAGACACCUGAGGUGGUACCUGAUGAUUCUGGAACUUUCUAUGAUCAAACUGUCAGCAAUGACUUAGAAGAACAUUUAGAAGAACCUGUUGCUGAACCGGAGCCUGAUCCUGAACCAGAGCCAGAGCAAGAACCUGUGUCUGAAGUCCAAGAGGAAAAGUCUGAGCCAGUAUUGGAAGAAACUGCUCCUGAGGAUGCUCAGAAGAGUUCUUCUCCAGCGCCUGCAGACAUAGCCCAGACAGUGCAGGAGGACUUGAGAACAUUUUCUUGGGCAUCUGUGACCAGUAAGAACCUUCCACCCAGUGGAGCUGUUCCAGUUACUGGGAUACCACCUCAUGUUGUUAAAGUACCAGCUUCACAGCCUCGUCCGGAGUCUAAGCCUGAAUCUCAGAUUCCACCGCAGAGGCCUCAGCGGGAUCAAAGGGUGCGAGAACAGCGAAUAAAUGUUCCUCCCCAGAGGGGACCUAGACCAGUCCGUGAGGCUGGUGAGCAAGGUGAUGUUGAACCCCGAAGAAUCGUGAGACACCCUGACAGUCACCAACUCUUUAUCGGCAACCUGCCUCAUGAGGUGGACAAAUCAGAGCUUAAAGAUUUUUUUCAAAAUUAUGGGAAUGUGGUAGAGCUGCGUAUUAACAGCGGUGGGAAAUUACCCAAUUUUGGGUUCGUUGUGUUUGAUGAUUCUGAGCCUGUUCAGAAGGUGCUUAGCAACAGGCCCAUCAUGUUCAGAGGUGAGGUCCGUCUGAAUGUGGAAGAAAAGAAGACUCGAGCCGCCCGGGAAGGAGACCGCCGAGAUAACCGCCUUCGGGGACCUGGAGGCCCUCGAGGUGGGCUGGGUGGUGGGAUGAGAGGCCCACCCCGUGGAGGCAUGGUGCAGAAACCAGGAUUUGGAGUGGGAAGGGGCAUUGCUCCAAGGCAGUGAAUUGCUCUUCACCGAUCUUCAGGCAGCAGUACAAACCCUAGCUCCCACAGAAUGGUGAUUUCUUCAGUCAACCUUUUGGUAUCUUGGAAUCUGAUCCUAGUCUAUGAUAAACUGCUUAAGUUUGUACAAUUCUACUUUUUGUGUUACUGGUGUGUGCUCCUUCCCCUCUCACCCCCACCCCUCCACCUUUUAGUCCUUCACUUCCAGUUUUGUGGAAUGAUAUUUUAGGAAAAGUGGAUUUUUAAAGAAGAAAAAAAAAAGACUGCGUUUCCUUGCUUUAUUUGCAUAUAGACUGGAUUUUUUUUUUUUAACAGUUUCCCCAAAGGAAUGUGUCUUGCUUAUUACUGACAUUUGGUAUGUUUCAUUCAUUGGAAUGUUUCUUACUUAUUUUCUACAUGUUUCAAAAGCCUGUGAGAAUUACAGGAUUUGAUAAACAUUUUGAAGGCAGGAAGAACCCAAAUUGUCUCUUCUUUGAGAGUCAUAACUACCUUCUGGUGUGGAAAAAUUGCCGUUGGAAAAAUUGACAAUUUAGAUUCUCUCUGGUAUGGUUAAAAACUGAAUAAAAGGUGUUAGUAGAGUUUUUCUUUGGAUACGUGGUUGCAGAACAGUUCCAAAACCUGUUUUUACCAUUGAAAUUUAAACUGUGAGAUAGGUUUUAAAUGUCUAGAAUGCAACUGAUAAGCUUUUCUUGAACUGUUAGAUUUUUUUUUUUGAAGUAGAGUUUUUUCAUGUUUAAUUUGUAUUUGUUAAAAAAACCCCAAAAAGACCCAAAAAAAUUUCAAAAAUCUGAAUAACACAAAACCAGAGCAAAACUGUUGUGCCUUCUAUUUAUCUUUGAUUCCAGUCUUGGCAAUUGUUUAAAAGGAAAAUAAUAAUAAAAAAAAUAAACUUAGAUUUGUUCUAUUAGGUUCAGAGUAUGUUGGGAAUUAUAGAAUCCCUCUUUCACCCUGUAUGUCUUGUGUUCAUUUGUUAUGCCUUAUUCUGAAAUUGAGUCUCAAACUGGAAUGCUUUUGAGGUCAGAUGCUUCUGUAGAGGUCCUUUGACCUGAGUAGUUCAGCAUUUGUAUUAAGUUUUAUUUCAGUGUCUCUUCAGAAUCAUAAUCGUGGCCCAUAAGAAAGAAUGUGACUUUAAUAUUGGACUUUGCUGGUGUGCUCGAGUGUGCACUGGUUUUUUUUCUUAAAUCAUAGCCAUAUGGUAAAUUUUCUAUUUUGUUAUGCUUCCCUUUUAUUGGUGGGCAUGCAGUGAGUGUUUCUUGGAAAUGGGUGUUUCUUGGAAAUGGCCAAUUUUUUUUUUUUUUUUUCUUUGUGGUACGCGGGCCUCUCACUGUUGUGGCCUCUCCCGUUGUGGAGCACAGGCUCCGGACGCGCAGGCUCAGCAGCCAUGGCUCACGGGCCCAGCCGCUCCACAGCAUGUGGGAUCUUCCCGGACCGGGGCAUGAACCCGCGUCUCCUGCAUCGGCAGGCGGACUCUCAACCACGGUGCCACCAGGGAAGCCCAGAAAUGGCCAAUUUUUAUUAAAAUGUUUCUGGAAGAAAAUUUAAUCUGGCAAUAUAGACUAAUACUCGUUUUGCAUAGUAUAUUACUGUUGAGUGCUCUUAGGGAGAUGGGUGAAGGUUUUGUUUACACAUUUGUGAAGCAAGCCUUUGCAUGAUAACUUGUCAUUAAUCGAAGGGCAAUGAGCUUGUCAAGUUUAACUUAUUUGUUUUCUUAACAGUAUUCAUCUUUAGGACUAUUGUUUGAGGAUAGAAUAUUAGUAGGAAUAGGAAUGUUUGUUUUGCUGUUACUGGGAAACUCUAGGUUUGCUGAAGGGUGUAGCCUUAAACUAAAAUGAAGUUUGAUGUUAUCAGUUGACCCUCAGUACCUCAAAUAUUUGAAAAUUGGCAACAUUUCUUUCACAUAAAGAAACUUUUAUAACUGAGUCACAUGGCUGUGUUUUGGGUCAGUUUAAAUAACUAAUUGGUAACCACUUCAUUUGGCCCAGGCCAGUGAUAAUUGGAAGAAAUUCAGCUUGUACUUUCGUAGCUUAUAUUAAGCUUGUGGUAGAAAGAAGAAAAUUUAGCCUGAGUUAUUUUUGAGAAAAAAAUUGAGUUGCAGUAAGUGUUUGGUGAUAAAUUAUAGAUAACCUAGAAACCAUUUUUCGUAAGUGAAUACUAAACCGUACAUUUCAAAAAGUUCUUCCUCCUUAGAACAGAGCUUUAAGGGCACUAACUAGGUGCAGUGUUUCUCAACUUGGGGCUGUUACUAUAUCCUAGAGGACAUGCAGAAAUGUGUGGGAGUUUUGGUGGGUUGGGGGUAGAGGGAGAUGCAUACCCUGCAUCUAGGGUUUGCUGGGUGGGGGCCAGUGGUGCCAAGUGCCCUUUGAAAAUGAAGCAACCCCAUUGAGAACACAGGUGGUCCCUACUCCUAUAAUUCAUGGUGGGUGGAAUGGUGGACUAGGGCAACUGCAGUGAAAGUUGUCCUUCCUCUGAAAUAGAGCCUCAGAAAAAUAAACAAAUUAGCAAGUAAAUCUCUCUCAGGAAUUAUAGUAACAACUACUGUAAGUAAUAAUCUCAGCUUUCCUUUAUCUGUACCAAUUGUGUGUUUUUUUUUUAAUUUGGAGAGGUAGUAGCAAUGUACUAGAUGCUGCUUGUAAUUUAUUGCAGGGGAUUACUGCAUAAUUUCAGAAAAGAUUGCUUCAAUAAUUUCAAGUUAUCAUAAUUGGGAUAUUAUGGUGUUUUGAUUAGCAUUGGACUUUAUAAAUAGGAUUUAGCGUCAUGGUUAACACUAUUAAGUAUCCAGCUAUCAUCGAUUACAUUAUUGCUGAUGGAAUAAACAUGUCACCCUAGAUACACAUAUAUUCACAUAUUUCACAGUUACAGAGUGAAAAUAAAAUAGAUUAGGGCAAGAUUUUCUGUAGACAGCAUCAACUCAUCACAUUCAACAUAAUUUUUCAUCUGUAGGAAUGGCCCAACAUGCAGUUCUUUACUGAGUUUAAUUCACCCAUGAAUAUUUUAGCUAGGUAAGACUAGUUUGGUUCAGUGGGUCUCUUAAGAUCUGUUGAAAAUAAAUAGAUCUUGGUUGUACAAAAAUAAUUUUGUUUGCUUUUGUGCUGAGGUUGGGCUUUACUUGUGUCUCCUGUGUUCUCAACUUUUUGAGCUGUUGCUGUGGAGCAGUGAAAUGGAUAAUGCAAAAAUACUUAUUUGGCUUUGGAUGAGUAGGUUACUACCACAGUGUUAGUUGAAUUGCACUUUCGUUUUAGGGUAGACAACUAAAUUUUCACAACUAUAACCCUGUGGGUUAGGUGCGAUUUCUCCCAAAGUAAUAGAUGAAGAAAUGACAUCAGAGGCCUCAAAGUCAUCCAUGUAGCUUAGGAGCAGAUUGGCUUCCAAAACUCUUGCUUUUUCUCUAAAACCAUAAUGCCUACCUAUUUAUAUUUGAAUGACAUUAGGGGCAUAGGGCAUGAAAUAACUACAGUAUAGAGACUUGAGUCUGCAAACAUUCGGAUCAAGGUUAGCAUUACUGUUCUCCAUUUCCUUUAGGGUAAAGUAGAUGCAUAAACAUUGAUUUUGUAGGGCUUUGCAGACUGUAUGGUAACACAGUAAUAUUGAGUUACAAGAUUAUUUUCUCAUCUGGUUUGAUAAUACAUUUGAUACAAUUUAAUCUAGAUAUGGAAGUAAUAUUUUUAUCAGCAUCAUACAGAUGAGUUUAUAACAGUUGUGUUUUGCUUAUAACUGCCAUCCUCUGAUGCUUUUCUUCAUCCCUUUUAUAUUUGAAAACCUUUGUAGAGUUGAAUGAUUUAGUGGAAAACGUGGCACUUUAUAGAAAACAAUUUGUUCGAAUCCAUAUGAAAAUUUCUUUCUAUGAGGUUUAAAUUUGUAGACCAUUGUUCAUGUUGUGGCUUAUUUUAAGUAAAUGAUUGCAUUUGUCAAAUCUACUGAUCUAAAAAUAUCUUUUAUAUUAAAGUUUUAUUUUUGUGCUACUUGAAAGAAUCUCUGCAGGAACUGCAUACAAAUUAGAUAAUUGUUGAAGUUUCAGUUUAGCAAUUUUGAACCUUGUAAAAGAAGCAAGUUCAGCAUUUAUUUGAAAUUGGGGUUCUAGCUAACUGCCUAAUAUAAUAUACCACAGAUGGGCAGUGGACAGUUAGAGGUACUUUCGCAAAUGUUUUAGAAACCUUAAAGAGUGUGUUAGCAGCUUAGCAAUGUCUUAUGUGGGAUGGGGUUGUAGGUUAAAGUUGCUCAUCAAGUAAUGGCCAUAUUGUGCUAGAUAAUUAAACAAGGAUUUGUGGUUUUAAGGUAGUAAUACCUUUUAGAAUUUUACUUUAAUAUCGAGGUUCUGGGGACCAUAGAUAGGCUUGUGAACUCUUGCUAGACUGAAUUAAAGAAGAAAUGGUGGCACGUGUGAGAUAAAACUUUUAUUUUCAUUCUUUUUAGUAGGUAUGUAUCUAACUCAGGAUGAUGCUGAAAUUAGACUGCUUUGCUCAUGCUCUCAUGAAGCAGUCUUUCAUAAUGGCCUGAGUGAGUUGAGUGAGAAGUUGAUUAAAGGUGGCCUACAGCCCUUAACCAGUUUUGCUUAUGAUUAUGCUUAUGUAUUGGCUUAGAAUCAAAGUUGUUUUCCUUUUUUUUUUUAAAUUUAUUUUUGGCUGCGUUGGGUCUUUCUUGCUGCGGGCGGGCUUUCUCUAGUUGCGGCGAGCAGGGGCUGCUCUUCGUUGCGGUGCGCGGACUUCUCAUUGCGGUGGCUUCUCUUGUUGCGGAGCACAGGCUCUAUGCAUGCGGGCUUCAGUAGUUCCGGCGCACGGGAUUCAGCAGUUGUGGCUCGCGGGCUCAAGAGCGCAGGCUCAGUAGUUGUGGCUCACGGGCUUAGUUGCUCCGCGACAUGUGGGAUCUUCCUGGACCAGGGCUCGAACCCCUGUCCCCUGCAUUGGCAGGCAGAUUCUUAACCACUGCGCCACCAGGGAAGCCUCUGUCUUUGAUUGCAUGACUUUUGAAGUCGACCUCUCUUCCAGUUUCCACUUGAACCUGGUAGCUUUUUCUAGUUCCCAGUGAGAGGAAAAUAAAAUAGUAUUAGAAAUCAUUUCUCCUCUUACUUCCAUAAACCGUGUGACCUGAAUAGUUACAGAAAUCCAUAUGUGUUUAUUACUUCGAAAUAUGUCCAGUGUCACAGAUUCCUAAGGGACUCGUAUCCAAUGUGUUUUUGUUUUUUAAAAAAGUAAGCAAUGCUUACCAAAAAUUCACUGUUGAAUUACUUUAGCAGGUAUUUAGUUUUCGGAAACCCAUUUAUGGGAAGUUUGCCUGUAUUAUUGGUUGUAGUUAGAGGGAUGGUUGUAUCAUUUAAUAUGUAUAUAAACAGUUUUAACUACUGCUAUAUUAACCACUUUGGUUACUGAUAAUCUCCCUAAGCUUUGUUGUCACCUGUUUGACUUUGGGUUUGGUUUAAAUUCUUAAAUGUUUUUAUGAGGAGCGUAUGUACCCUGAUUUGGGCCUUUUAAAUGAAGACAUAAGGAUGUAGGAAAGAAGAAGGGACUUCGUUUCUUUAAAGAUUCAGUGUACACUCUAGAUUAUGCAGAACACAUGAUGUUAAAAAUAAAUUCGUAUAGGUAGAUGUUGGUUUUGAAGAAGAGUGGGGUGGGCAUGGAACUUAGCUGAUGGGAUAGGAAUCAUUUACGGUUUAUAUAAAAGAAAAAAAUCAUAAUUUUAAGUGAGAAACAUCAGAAUAGUUCCAUAAAGUUUUUCUUCCCAUACUGAUGGUUACCACAAGAAACAGGAGACUCCUGUAAUUCUUAGAAUAUUAGUGCUGGAAAGGACUAAGGUGAUUUGUAUAACCCCUUAAGUUUUCAAAAGAUAGAUGGCCCAGAUUACUAGUACAGAGUUUCAAGUCAGCUUAAAGCACAUUCGGGAAUUGCCAGUCCUGCCCUAUGUUCGCUCUGUAAGCCAGAGCUGUUAAAGGGUAGGAUGUGGGGAGAAAAGGGAAGGAGCCACAUUUUAUAUGCUUACUCCAUUGCUUCAUUAGCUCCAUUUUCAUACCCAAGUUUUCUGUUUUCUUAGAACUGUUUUAAUGCCCAAUUCUACCAGGGCCUGUUGUCAGUAAGGACAUUAACUGUGUUCCCCUCAGGGAUGGGUUUACUACUAGCUGUCAGAAAGCUAUUGGGUAUCCUAAUGUGUUAAUAGCUGAAACUCAGCUGUAAUUUUCUCCUAAAUCCUUCAGCAUUUUGCAUUCUGUACAUUGUGGUGCUUUUUCCACCUUGUAUUGUUAUAACUGUAAGCUCCUAAGGGGCAGCAAUUUGGUCUUAGGCAUGUACCCUGUUCAGUGCCUGGCAGCACCGUGUUUGAAUCAGGGUCCUAAUCUUCCUUUCCACUGAUUUUCCCUGUACUUCGUGAAAGGAUGCUCCAGCCAUGCUGAACUACUUAACGGUUCCUCUAACAAGCCAGGUAUGGCUGAUUCCGUGGCUUCAAGUGCCUUCACUUCCCUGAAGAUAGACUUGCAUCUGCAUUCUCCUCACCACCCCCAUCUCUCCCAAAUCUCUUACCAUCAAAGCCAUUUUUUUCAAGGCCUAGUUUGAGCUUUUUUUUUUUCUCCCCUAAGAGAAAAGAUGUCUUACGAGAGGGUAGCCCCCUUUUAGGAGUUGAUUUGUGCAGAAUUUGAAGUGAGGAACAAAUUUAUUCUCAUCUACUUUCCUUACACAUUGUCCCUCCUGUUUGAAAUUCUGUCCCAACCUUCACUUUAAAAUGUGCUCCUAGAAUACUUUAUACCUUUCUCUUAGCUAAUAACUUACCCCUUCAACCUAGAAUUAGAACAGACCUACCUUAUGAGACCAUAAUCUCCUGGAGGACAAGGACUUGAGGAUUAAUCUCUUUAUUCCUCCUUCCUCCUGGAGGUACAUGAAAGCAUCCGUAAAUGAUGAUUCACUCAAUUAAUAAAUUAAUGUAUUUCUGUUUUCUUUCUCACAAGGGAGGCAUGCCUAGAGACCAGACUUAAUUCAGUAAAUUAUAGGCCCUGUGCAUUUCAUAGUGGAGGGGAUUGUUGGGAAAUUUUGAGGGGUGGGCAGAGGAGGGAGGAAGUCACUGGUCAUUUUGAAGUACUUCCAUCCCCGGUCUGGGCCCUUAGCUAUUUCUUUCUGAUUGUGCGCAGUAUAUCCUGGGCACUUUGUGUUUAUGCACAAGAAUUGUAUGCGCCAAAUUUCAAUUCCCAAACCUACUCUGUUCUCAGUUUGUCAUCACCCAUGCCAUAAGUCUAAGUCACCUUAGACUUAGGUCUUAGUCACCUUAGACUCAGUCUUAGUCAUCUGCUUCUUGUUUCCUUACUUACUCCAGUGUCCAGCUAAGUCCUGUCAGUUCUACCUCAGCAGUCUUUCACAUCUUCCUCCUCACUUAGAUAAUUUCAGUGGCCUCUCAGCUUCCUUGACCUCUUCUUAUUCCCAGCCUACUUUCUACAUGAUAUUAGAUACAUCUUACUGAAACCUAGCUCUGACCAUGUAUCCCAUGUAUGUGUUCUAUCCUCCCUACUAGACUGUAAGCUCCUUAUGGGCAGGAUCUGUGUCUGAGUCAUCUUUGUAUCUCCCAUAGCACCUAUCAAUAAAUAUAUCUUGAAUGAACAGCGUAAA